GGAAAUUGGAAAUCCGUUUGUGUUCGACAAAGCCCUCCCCCACGGAAAUUCUGAUUCCCCGAAUUUCUGAGCAUUCUCGCUUAUCUUUUUAGUGAUGGGAAUCCGUUUGCAUUCGACAAAGCUCUUCUUCCCUACACUAACGUGGGAGUCGAGGAUCACUUGCGCCUUGUUGUUUUACUAUCAUCAUGUCGAACAUGUUGCUAGCAUGUCGGCGUGUAACAGGCCCGCGUGCUCGACAAACUGUCGCUCUAGCUAGGUAUGCCAGUACGAGCACCAAGGAAAAAUUCCGAGUGCUUGUUAUCGGAGCAGGUUCUGGUGGAUUGACUGUUGCCAACCAGAUAUACAACCGCUUUAAGGCUGCUGGAAAGCCUUUGAAUGCAGGGGAUGUGGUUGUCCUUGACGCAGCAGACUAUCACUACUAUCAACCCGGCUGGACUUUGGUCGGUGCUGGUCUUGGCUCUAAAACAGAUUUCAGACGACCGCUCGCGUCCCUAUUCCCGCCGCAUAUCACGCAUAUCGCAGAGAAUGUCAAGUCAUUCUAUCCGGAAUCGUCAUCAGUCACGACAACGUCAGGUCGGACAAUUUCAUACGAUUCACUUGUCGUGGCAGCAGGUUUGAAAAUAAACUGGGACGGCAUCGCUGGGUUGCCGCAGGCUCUCGCUGAUCCCUCCUCUGGAGUGUCAUCGAUAUAUUCCUAUGAUACCUGCAGCAAAGUUCAGCACGACAUAGAUGCUCUCAGGUCUGGAAAUGCUAUAUUUACCCAACCUGCGGGUAUCAUCAAAUGUCCAGGAGCUCCGCAGAAAAUCAUGUGGAUGGCCUGGGACAGAUACCAAAAAUCAGGCCGAGGAAAUAACAUUAAAAUAGACUUCAUGAAUGGCAUGCCAUCCAUGUUUAGCGUCAAGAAGUAUUCGGAUGCCCUAAACGCUCUGCGCAUCGAGCGGGGUAUCGGAGCAGAGUUCCAACACAACUUAGUGUCUAUUGAUGUUGCGAACAGGAAAGCAACUUUCAAGAAGGAUGACGGUUCGACCACGGAUCGUGAUUUCACCCUCCUGCAUGUCACGCCGCCUAUGGGACCGCUAGACUUCAUCAAAGGAUCGCCUAUCGCUGAUUCAGCGGGUUGGGUAGAAGUCGAUCAGGCGACUCUCAGACAUGUCAAGCCCGAGUUUGGAAACAUAUUUGCCUUGGGUGACUGUUCCUCCCUACCCACGAGCAAAACGAUUGCCGCCAUUACAUCUCAGGCUCCUAUCCUGACGGAAAAUUUAUUUUCGGUUAUGGACACUGGCAAAGUUAGCAGUGCAAAGUAUGAUGGCUAUACAAGUUGUCCGCUUCUGACGGGGUAUGGGGAAUUGAUGCUAACCGAGUUUAUGUAUGGAUUUGUGCCCAAAGAGAGUUUUGCCAAUUACCUGGGCGAUCAGACGAAACGGAGAAGAAUAUUUUACCACUUCAAAAAGGACCUUUUUCCUUGGGUUUAUUGGAGUCGCAUGGUUGACGGAAAAUGGUUCGGCCCUUCAGGACCCUUCCGUCCCAAGUUUGUAUGAUGUUGACAUUAAGGAAUUAUUGAAAGUUUCACGAGUCAAUUGAGUCACCCCUUCGUAGUUACAGGCUGUAACCCCUGUUCGUAAUACAAAAGAUUGGUACUCGAUAAAUUCCAGCGACGUCAUGAGCAUCGCCUGGAGGUACUCCACCGAGUCACAUCCCUAUGAGUCAGAACCCGUUGGAGAUCCGGUUGGGUUCUGGUGCCUGAAUCCACCAUGUAUGAUUCACGGGCAGAGGCAGAGAUCACGACCUAAACAGGUAUGUGUUACGUGUACGGCUCCGGGGACCAUUCGAUCCGUGAGUGGGUCCACAGCGUCUGAUCAGCAGUUCCGAGUCGACUUCGACCUAGUAGUAGUAAUAGUAGUAAAGUAACUAGUUCAACAUUGGGAUAUCAGC